UGGGACCGACUGAAACAAAAUGUCAGCCGACAUGUCAGCGAUUUGAUAUUCUAUUCAAAACAAAUAAAAAAUCCGAAGUUAAAGUGAAAUAACCAUCCUAGCAUUAAGGUUCAAUUCGGAGCACGAUAGAAAAUUGAAGAUUGACACUGUGUUGUGGGGUUGGGGCCCUCUUGCAGCCAGAAGAAUGGGAGGCGACAUUAUUAAUAGUGAUCGACCACCAUCUCCAUCACGGCUGUCACACACUUCCGAAAAGCAUCCACGUGUGACCCUAAUCGAAUUGAAUACGUUGCGUCGUCACCGUGAAUUAUGUGAUGUGGUCUUAAAUGUUGGCGGUCGAAAGAUUUUCGCCCAUCGAGUUAUUUUGUCGGCAUGCAGUCCAUACUUCCGGGCCAUGUUCACCGGCGAACUGGAGGAAUCACGGCAGACUGAAGUGACGAUUCGUGACAUUGACGAAAAUGCAAUGGACAGCCUGAUCGACUUCUGUUACACAUCGCACAUUGUCGUCGAAGAAUCGAACGUACAAACACUACUUCCAGCAGCGUGUCUGCUGCAACUGGCCGAAAUCCAAGACAUUUGCUGCGAAUUCCUGAAGCGACAAUUGGAUCCAACGAAUUGUUUGGGCAUUCGUGCAUUUGCUGAUACGCAUUCGUGCCGCGAACUGCUCCGCAUUGCCGACAAAUUUACGCAGCACAAUUUCCAGGAAGUUAUGGAAAGUGAAGAAUUCCUACUCUUACCAGUCGGACAACUCGUUGACAUUAUUUGUAGUGACGAACUGAAUGUACGGUCCGAGGAGCAGGUAUUCAAUGCCGUUAUGGCAUGGCUGAAAAUGAAUGUUGCUGAUCGUCGACAGCAUUUACCGCAGGUCCUACAACACGUUCGUCUGCCACUGUUGAGUCCGAAGUUUUUAGUGGGAACCGUCGGCUCUGAUUUGUUAGUUCGCUCGGAUGAAGCGUGCCGGGACUUGGUUGAUGAAGCCAAAAAUUAUUUACUAUUACCUCAAGAACGUCCAUUGAUGCAAGGUCCUCGAACGAGACCGCGCAAGCCGACUCGACGCGGAGAAGUAUUGUUUGCUGUUGGUGGUUGGUGUUCUGGUGAUGCAAUUGCCAGUGUUGAACGUUUCGAUCCGCAAACAAAUGAAUGGAAAAUGGUUGCGCCAAUGAGCAAACGUCGAUGUGGUGUCGGUGUUGCUGUUCUAUUCGAACUACUUUAUGCCGUCGGUGGACACGAUGGACAAUCGUAUUUGAACAGUAUUGAGCGAUACGAUCCUCAAACAAAUCAGUGGUCUUGUGACGUUGCACCAACAACUUCGUGUCGUACGAGUGUCGGUGUAGCUGUUUUAGAAAAUUUCUUAUAUGCCGUCGGUGGACAGGAUGGUGUUCAGUGCUUAAACCACGUAGAACGAUACGAUCCGAAAGAGAAUAAAUGGGCAAAAGUUGCUGCGAUGACCACUCGUAGAUUGGGUGUUGCUGUUGCAGUGCUCGGUGGUUAUUUGUAUGCUAUAGGCGGUUCCGAUGGACAAUGUCCGCUGAACACAGUCGAGCGAUAUGAUCCAAGACAAAAUAAAUGGUGCGCGGUGAGUCCGAUGUCAACCAGAAGAAAGCAUUUAGGAUGCGCCGUAUUCAACAAUUACAUUUAUGCUGUUGGUGGCCGUGAUGAUUGCAUGGAAUUAUCUUCGGCUGAAAGAUAUAAUCCGCACACGAACACUUGGAGUCCGAUUGUAGCGAUGACAUCACGCAGAAGUGGCGUGGGACUAGCUGUUGUUAAUGGCCAACUGUAUGCUGUUGGAGGAUUCGAUGGUACUGCGUACCUUAAAACCAUCGAAGUCUACGACCCGGAAACGAAUCAAUGGCGUUUGUGCGGUUGCAUGAACUAUCGUCGACUUGGAGGUGGAGUGGGAGUGAUGCGAGCUCCACAAACGGAGAACUAUAUGUGGAUACGCAAAGAUUCGGUGGUGUAAGCCAGACUUCUAUCCAAAAUCCAGCCACUGCUAGCCACGUUUAGACACUCUUAUCAAUUUUUUUUUUGUGGAUUCAAGCAUCCAGUUAAAUUUUUAUAAAUUUUUUUGUAAAGUGUUCAUCAUGCUGUUUUGUUGGUAGAUCGCGCCGCUUAACUUAUAACGGCAUUGAAAAUUUAAUUGAAAUUUAAAAACAAAAUUCAAAUCUCCCUAUCUUUAAGUUCUUGCAAAUAAUAUAUUAUUAAACUGACACGUAACGUUUUAGGUUUAAAGAUAAUCAAAUAUGAAAAUUUAAGACAAAAUUAAAUAUUUAAAUUAUUAAA